AAUGUGAUUAUCAUAAUCCAAAAUUGAGUACACACUAAACCCAACAAAGUCUAGAAAGAAGAAAGCUUUCACUUUCAGUCUCUCUGCUCUGCCUCAAGUCUCUUCGCUGCAGAGUUAGGGCAUAAAAUUUGUUCCUUAGAAUCUCUGAUAUAUAUAUAACCCAACUAAUCUUGCAGAAUCAAAAUCUCUUCUUUACCUCUCGUCAAAACUGUGGCGUUAUUGAUGAAUCGACUUCAAAGGCUUCUCCUUUCUGCUCCAAUCAUACUCUAAAGGUUUGGUAAUCAGACACUGAUAUGGCUAUGACACGAGAGUUAUAUGGAAUUCUGGGCACCAAGUAUGUUCCAUUGUUAAUCCGAAGAUUCUCACUUUGGUCUACGAAGAAAGACCCUGAUCUCGAAUCUGCUCUCUCGCGUAACAAGCGAUGGAUAGUUAACAGUCGGCUCAAGAACAUUAUCUUAAGGUGUCCCAACCAGGUUGCAUCGGUUAAGUUUCUACAGAAGAAGUUUAAGACUCUUGAUCUACAGGGGAAAGCCUUGAAUUGGCUUAAGAAGUACCCUUGUUGUUUCCACCUUUAUCUCGAGAACGAUGAGUAUUACUGUCGGUUAACGAAACCGAUGAUGACGCUUGUGGAAGAAGAAGAAUUGGUCAAAGAUACACAAGAGCCUGUGCUUGCAGACAGGCUUGCAAAGCUGCUUAUGAUGAGUGUUAAUCAGCGCCUUAAUGUCGUGAAGCUUAACGAGUUUAAGCGGAGUUUUGGAUUCCCUGAUGAUUAUGUGAUCAGGAUACUACCAAAGUACUCAGAUGUGUUUCGAUUAGUGAAUUAUAGUGGGAGGAAGAGUUCAAUGGAGAUCGAGCUUUUGUUGUGGAAGCCUGAGUUGGCUGUUUCUGCAGUGGAAGCAGCAGCGAAGAAUUGUGGCUCUGAGCCUAGUUUCUCUUGCUCUUUACCUUCCACAUGGACCAAACCGUGGGAGAGGUUUAUGGAGUUUAAUGCCUUUCCUUACAUAUCUCCAUAUGAGGAUCAUGGGGAUCUUGUUGAGGGUUCACAGGAGAGUGAGAAGAGAAGCGUUGGUUUGGUGCACGAGUUACUCUCGCUAACGUUGUGGAAGAAGCUGUCAAUCGUAAAGCUGAGUCAUUUCAAGAGGGAAUUUGGGUUGCCGGAGAAGCUAAAUGCUAUGCUUCUGAAGCAUCCAGGCAUAUUCUACGUCGCAAACAAGUAUCAGGUUCACACUGUGAUCCUUAGAGAAGGAUACAAUGGCUCGGAAUUGAUUCACAAGGACCCGCUUGUUGUUGUGAAGGAAAAAUUUGGGGAACUGAUGCAGCAGGGCUUGUAUGAGUAUAAUCACAGGCGAUAUUUGGCUAAUCUAGAGAAGAAGAGAGAGAAAGGUAUUGAAUCUUUGAAGCCUGUGGUGCGAAAGAAAGACAGGAAUCACGAUGGAGAUGAUGUCGAUGAAGAAGAAAACCAUGGGGAUCGACCAGGUGGUCUGUUCGAUCCAGAAGAGAGAAAAAGGUUUUAUCAGAUUCUCUUCAGUGACACCCAAUAAGAACAUUAUAGGCUGAGAAUGACUAAAUCUCAAUAACUCUUGGGACAGACAGCUUGUUUUUUGCAUUUGCUUACAAGCAUAUUGUGAAAUUUUCAGCAAAAGCACAAUGUCUCAGAGAUUGCAGACUAUAUAGAUAAUUUUUUCCCUGAACAUCACGUCCGCAGAGAAAAAUCCACGAUCAGAUUUUGUUUCGAAGCUCACACUUGCGGCCUAGUUGUACCCCGGGGAUGCAAGAUCAAGAUGGAAUCUGUGAUUAAUAAAUCACCUUGCUGCUUCCUGUAGGCACACACUAGUGGUCAAGUUUUCUAACUCCUGAAGAACUUGCUAUGAUACGUGCUUCUGUUGAUGUAAGCCAAUCCCUCCCCAUUCAAUAAUGUGCCAAUUUCAAUAACUAAUCGUAACCUGACUGAAAUAAUAUAUAAAUACACAUGUCUCGAUGUGGACAAGUGGUAGAUCGCAAAAGGGAAGAUCGUUCAUCUGUUCAUCUGGUAGAUUUGCUAGAUGUGAUAACCAGAAGCUAGAUUUAUCUGUUCAUCUGUUCAUCUGGUAGAUUUGCUAGAUUUAUUAUAGUUUACGAAGUGUAACAAUGAAAUUGUAUACUAAUCAAGUAACCUUACUAGCCAGAUUUGUUUUAUUUCUGUGUUAUUUAAACUGACUGCCAA